AUGGCGUACCACAAAUUCAGCACUGCCAGCAAAUACAAGAGAGUCGUCACCGGCAAUAACUGCCCUCUUGAUCGACAACUCAGAGGCAUCAAAGCCAGUCGACACGAGUUCCGAGUGACUCACGCAAGAGAGGUCGCUGCUAAUGAGGCAGCUCGCAAAGCCAGUAUCGCCCGGAAAGUGCAACACCACCGAGCUGAGGCGCAAGCAUCCCAGUGGGAGGAUGUACCAAUGGCGCCGAUGGAUGACUAUGACAUGGGUCCGGGAGAUCAUUCUUUCGACUUUGUUGACGAGAGACUGAAGUGGCUUAACGCCCCGAGCUCUGGGAGUGUUAGAAAGGGUGCUGAGGUAUCGAUUGAGGCCGCUUCUACGUCUCAAAAUCCUCCCACCGCCCUCCCAACAUCUUCCACCCCUGCUUCGGGCGCCUCUGCUGCUCCAAGUGUCGAGGAGGGCAGGCCGACGGUCAUCCCACAAGUCGGCGAGAAGAGACGGCGAGAUGACGUAGAUAUUGCUGAGAUUGGAGUGGAUAAUGGCGGAGAAAAAGAUGUAGGAGGUGACACAGUCGGCAACACUCAUAAAACCAGCAAACAUUCACCAAUACCCCCUGAUCUAGAUCGAACCCCUCAACCAUCUUCGUCCCCUUCAUUGACGAACGACACUCCUCCUGUGAGCGAGCAUGAGCAGAAACACCGGAAAAAGUCAGAACGAGGUGCGGACGUUGAUCCCCUUCACCCUCUCUCAGAACCGGUGCAGGCUGUGAAGGCUCUUUAG